CAGAAGCUGUCCUCUCAACACCGUGGGACACACCUUCCUUCAGCUAAGGAGGAAAGCAGAAAACCAGCAUGUCACAGAGUUGCUAAAUGAUUUCUGUACGGGCUUCUGUUACUUUUUCCGCGUCUGGAGACUUCUGAACUAUGCAAACUUGUAAGAAGCUGUUGAGAGGAAACACAUAUUUACUUGAUCCUUUUCCAAGUCCACGGAUUUAAACACAAUCACGGAUUUAACAUGAGCCUCGUAUCUCGGAGAUGUGUUUUCUACUGUGUUGUAUUUAGUUUUGUGGUCAUAUUUUUUAACAUAAGGGCAGAUGCAACACUGGAGGGUUCCUCUAUGGGUUACCUGAGCUUGCCAUAUACUCAGCAGCCUUUGGUGUUUCCGCGGGUCAUUCGUGUAUCUGAUGUCAAGGUAUCUGAUGAAGGCCACGCAGUUAACUCUCGACGGAAACGGAACAUCCUUUUCCAAAGUGGAGUCAAACUCUGUGCGCAAGACACUGCCCAGCAAGUAGUUGCAAACCACCUAAACUACUUUUAUCUCAGAGUGUGCCAGGAGACCAUAUGGGAGGCUUUCAAGAUAUUUUGGGACCGCCUCCCAGAGCAAGAAGAGUACCAAAGCUGGAUGAGCCAAUGCCAGGAGGGCACAGUCACAGCACAAUAUAUUGGCAGCUACUUUAGCCAAUCAGAGGAGCAUCAAGCACUGGUUAAAAAGAGAAUGUCACUGCCAGGUUUAAAAAGUGAGCCCACCAGGUCCUGGCAACAAAUCUGCAGCUCACCAACACCAACAGCCCCGAAAGCUAUUGAAGCUCCUGAGUUAGAAGACAAAGCAAAAGGAGAGGUGGAGGAGGCAGCCACUCUUGUCCCAGAGGUGGAGGAGAGUCCGCUGGACAAUGACAUUGCCAUGCAGCGUCCCACCCCCGCUCUGCUGGAGCAGGUGGUGGAGCUGAGCAUCCUCUUGACAGGAAUGAGGUUCAACGAAAACCUCAACGAUCCAGCCAGCCUUCAGCACCAAACACUCAGCAGACAGCUUGUUGAAAAGAUAGAGGACGCUCUGGAGGGGCUUCCUGGAUUUAAGAGCGUGUCUGUGCUGGACUUCAGGCCCCAGAAAGACACCAAGGGGCUGGAUUGUGUGGUGGUGGACUUUGCUGUCACAGUGGUGGUGGAUGGAGCAGGCGUGAGCACUGAGCAACUGGACUACCUGACCUUGCAGUCAAACCGGGUGGAGAAUUCAUACCGUGAGGUCAUGGAGCUCCCUACGGUGGUCUACACCAUCAACGAGGUCAAAAACGUCAUCACUGUCACCCUGCAUAACAACGAGCUAGAGAAUGGUUCCAAAGUGUCUGAGGUCCCUGAGUCUGUCAACGCUGCGGACGGAGCCGUGGUUAAUGCUGUUGAUGAGCUACCAGAGGUCCCGAUCUCGGAAGAGGACACCAAGGAUGUCAACAAAGAUGAUGUCCUGCCUGUGCCCUCUGAAACCAACACAGUGACAAGCAUAGAACAUUAUGUUGUUGUUCUGGAGGAGAGUGCAGUUGGGUCUCCUGCUCUUGUCCUGACCACUAGAUCACCUGAGGCUGACGUCAUUGAGGAGGAGGGUCUGCUACUGUGGAACACUGUGCAGACUCCUGUUGUGGAAAAAAAAACACCAGCGGAGCUCCCAGCUGAGCUUCCCUCACCUGAGCUGCCAAAGGGCAUCACACUGCCUGCACCACCGGUGGAGGUCGAGGCCUCUGGUUUAGGCACAGAAGACCUGGAGCUCUUGCUCCAACCAUCUAUAUCCACAGAAGAAGAAAAAGAAGUGUCUUUUGGCUCAGAAGAUGGGCUGAUAACAGAAGAAGUCAACAUAAAUGCAGGUGCCACCUCUAAAGCUGAAACAGAGGAAGUUGAGGUCGGGGCAGUGGGAGAAGAACCUACUACUUCAACUCUGGAAGAAGAGCAUCUGGAUGAGGUUAUUGUGAAUAAGACGGAGAUUCAAGAGGGCCUCAAGUUCUUCACAAUUGCAUCUGAGACUAUAGAAAAAGAAGGCCCGCCUGCCCCAGUCUCACCUACUGUGGCUGUAGAUUUAGCAAGUAAAGAAUCAGAGCUGAAGACAGGAGAAACUGAUCUGCUUCCUGUUGGCAAAGACUUGGAGGACACAGAAGAGGAGUUCACAGAUGUUCCAUCUGUAGAUGAGGAAGUUAACCCCGAACAGCCUGUGGAAGACACAGACAUUAAUGGUCUUGAAGCAGGUGGCAUAGAGGAAGCAACAGAGAGCGAGGGACAAGCUCCACCUGUAGAGGUAGAGGGCCCAGUAGCUCCAGAGAUCUCAACAGGAGAUAUUACAGACGAUGAGAUCUUACUGGUCAACAUGAGACCUGCCCAACCGACUGCCCUGUCUCCAGAACGGGAGUCACCUUUCACCCGUAUCUCUGAUGUUGCUCAGUCUGAUAUCAUCAUCCCAUCACUGGUUGAGAUCCAGACUGCUAACGAAGGAUUGAAUGAUGCCACCAUCGGAGAUCAGGACUAUGAUGUGAUCCAUUAUGGUUAUGGUUUGAUUAACCACACAGAGGAGGGCAGCACUAGCUUUCCGUUUGGUGUGACACACGGCACAGAGCAAGUCAAUAUCGCCAUGCCUGUGAACCCGGGACGAGCACUGAUGGUGUUCUUCAGCUUGAGGGUGACCAACAUGAUCUUCUCAGAUGAUCUCUUUAACAAAAGUUCCCCAGAAUACAAAGCUUUGGAGCAACGCUUCAUAGAGCUGCUCGUGCCCUACCUGCAGUCCAACCUGAGUAACUUUGAGAACCUGGAGAUCCUGAACUUUAGGAAUGGCAGCAUUGUGGUAAACAGUCGGAUGAAAUUUGGCAAACCUGUGCCACAAACCGUCACCAACACUGUCUAUCUGAUCCUGGAGGACUUCUGUAACACAGCCUACCAGACCAUGAACUUGGCAAUUGAUAAGUACUCACUGGAUGUUGAGUCAGGUGACAAGGCCGACCCCUGUAAGUUCCAGGCGUGUAACGAGUAUGCAGAGUGUAAGGUGAACAAGUGGUCGGGGGAGGCGGAGUGUGUCUGUAAUGCUGGCUACUUUAGUGUGGACAGCCUGCCCUGUCAGAGUAUCUGUGAGCUGCAGUCUGACUUUUGCCUUAAUGACGGCAAGUGUGACAUCAUCCCUGGCAAGGGAGCCAUCUGCAGGUGUCGCGUCGGGGAGAACUGGUGGUACAGAGGAGAGCACUGUGAGGAGUACGUAUCUGAGCCACUGGUGGUUGGCAUAGCAAUUGCCUCUGUAGCUGGAUUCCUACUGGUGGCCUCCGGUGUAAUUUUCUUCCUCGCCAGGACAUUACGGGAUCAGUAUGACAAGGAUGAGUCAGAGGACCCCCUACGGCGAGCAGAGAGUAUACCGUCUCUGGAGAGGGCGACCAAGUACAACCCCAUGUAUGAGAGUGAGGCCACUACAGGCUACAGCCACUACUACCGGCGCUAUCCUGAAGCUCCCGUGUACAGCAGUGCCAGCGCUGAGGCCUCCACUGACUUCAGCAGUGAGGAGAUUCGACACAUCUAUGAGAACAGUGAACUGACCAAGGAGGAAAUCCAAGACAGGAUACGCAUUAUUGAGCUCUACGCGAAGGACCGGCAGUUUGCAGACUUUGUACGGCAUCAUCAAACUGUUGUGGAUAUCCGCAGAGAGAGCUCCUCUGCACACACAUGAAACUCUCCUGUGAACAACAAGAAACAUGUCUCUAUGUUAAGUGAAGCUCCCUGUCAAGACUGCACUUCCUUCAUCAUGACACUCAGAACACUGCUCUUGAAUUCUGGACCAACGACCCCUCUGUGUCUCUGCGUAUGUCUCUGAAGUGUUGACUGUUCUUCCUCCUUCCUUUGUGCCUUCUCUUGACUGGGUGAGCUGGUUGUUACAUGAAGUGUUUACGGCUCAUCUACUUGGACGUCUCCCUUUUGGGGAAAACUGGACUGCAUCCUAUUACUUGAAAUGUUUAUCACAUUACUGUCACAAAGUAGUCCUUUUCUUUAGUGGAAUGAUCGGUUUUGUUUUGUCAUAUCAUAUCUGCCCAUUCUUAAAGGGAAGAAAUACAAUAUGUGAAUACGUAUAUAUAGUGUUACUGUUAG